AUGCUUUAUUCACUGUCAAAAGUUCAAUUUAAUCUGCAUUGGAGAUUCCCGAGGGCAUUGCAUACUAUUGAAGAUGAUCAUUAUACAAUUUCAGUUCCAACAAAGAUUAGGUUGAUUAAUGAAAGGGAGCAAAUGCUUCAGCUGUUGAGGAAGAAUAAGAUAUUAGCUCAUUAUGAGACAACAUUAGGAUCAUCAGAAAGAUACAGAUUUUAUGAUGAUUAUAAUUAUUCAUCAGAGCUUUACAAGGCUUUAGGAAAACCUUACCGUGGACUUUCUUUGUAUGCAAUUUUGAAAGCAUUGAAACUGAGAAAGAAACAACGUCUAUUACAACGUAAAAAUGGAGGUUCAAAUGGUGAUACAGGUAAUAAUGGUGUUCCACAAGGUGGUGGUAGAAAUUUCACUGUUGUAUUUAAGAGUUUUGAAUCUCAAGUUAAACCAAGUUCUCGUAUAGUGAAUUUAAGUGUUCCAAAGAAGUUGAGGUUGGUUAAACAAACAACUCAAAGAAAUGCUGCCGUUCAAUCAAUUCUGUCAAAUACACACAGGUCUGAGAAGAUCAAACCUAGACCUCAUAAAUCAUUAGCUGAUAUACUUUUCAAUAAUAGUGAAGAAGAGAAUAACACCAAGGAUGACCUUCUGAAGAAAAGACAAAGAUCAGAAACUAUUAAAGUUGAAGAAAUGGGUGUUGAAAUGAAUCCUAAAUCAAUUAUUACAACUCAAGUCAAGCUGGAUGAAGUUAGCAUCAAAGAUGAUGCAAGGUUUGAACCUAUGGAUGUUUCUAAAGCUGAUUUUGAUACUUCAAAUCAGAAGUUUAAAAGACGUAAAUCAGAGGAAGAUACCAAUGCUAAAGAAGAAUUACCAGAAAUCAUUGGUAAUUUCCACAGCUACAAUCAUAAUCAAACUCACAAUGAUCAUAACAAUAGUAGUAAUACCGACACAAAAUAUGACGAUUUCACGUUUGGAAUAUCCAAAAUGCAUAAUGUCCAUCAAAUGUUGGUUGAAAUGUAUCAAAAAGAGACACAAGAUGAUUUAGAACUAUUAGAAAAUGAAUUGAAAGUUGCAAAGGAGAGAAGUCUUACAAGGUAUAACAAGUUACGUCGCAUCAUGAAUAAUUCAACCACUGAGAUUCAAGAUUUGUUCCGUUGA